CUGAAGCUCAACAUUUCAUGUUUACUGUUUGAUUGUUACAACUUGUGCUAAUACAAUGAUCAAUUUAAACAAUAAAGUAGCUUUAAUUACUGGUUCAAGCGAUGGAAUCGGAAAGACAACAGCUAUACUCUUUUCAUCAUUAGGUGCUAAAGUAGCCAUUGUUGGUCGAGAUCAGUCUAAACUGGAUAAAGUUGCUGCUGAAUGUGAAGCUAAGUCACCUCAUGGUUACCGUCCAGUCGUUAUAAGAGCUGAUUUCCUGCAUGAUGAAAAUAUUAAACGAACCUUUGACGAGACAAUUGCUGGUUACAAUUGGCUAGACAUUCUUGUCAACGAUGUCGGUGUAGUUAAUCUGAAAAGUUUUGAUGAUUGUGAAGCCAUUGCUGAUUAUGAUCGUGUAAUGCAAACUAACAUUCGGACAGCAGUCAUCUUGACUCAUUUGGCUAAGCCUUAUCUACUGGAAUCCAAAGGAACGAUCGUCAACGUAUCGAGUGUUGAUAGCUUCAAACCGAAUGAUCGAGAAUGGUCUUACUGCAUGUCCAAAGCCGCUGUGAAUGCGUUUACUCAAUCUAUUGCAGGUCUUCUGGCUCCUCAUGUGCGUGUUAAUGCAAUCGCUCCUGGACCGGUUAAGACAGGUAUAUUCAAGGCCACAGGCGAUCCCGAGCAACAAUGGGAAGAGAAGGCUAGAUUAAUGCCAUUGGGACGGAUCGCCGAACCAAUUGAAAUAGCACAAUUAAUUGCUCUUCUUGCCUCUGAUUCUUCGAAAAACAUGACUGGCUCAAUAGUUGCAUCUGACUCUGGAUAUCUUCUCACAGAUCCUUACUCAUCGGGAAGGGUCGCAUAAAUUAAACCUGUCCAAUUUAACCGUUCAAAUUGAACAAAUGUUGAAGAACACUUUUUACGAGAAUCAAGAAAAUUUUAUUAGACUUCCUUUAAGAAUACCUCCUCAAAGAUUCUUACAGUUAGAACGGUCAAUCAUGGAAUCUUGGAGUACUCAGAGAGAAGCAGAUUUUACCCUUUUUUACGAAAAUCAUGAUUGAAUGAACAAAUUUAGAAGUCAUGUAAAACAUUAAAUCUUAAUAUUUUUAAUCGA